UGGGAUUGUGGACGUGGUUGAUUAACAUUUAUGCUCCUGCUAUGUACACAUCCCAUUGGUACAACGGCGAUAAGGACAGCAACGAGAUGUACAUCAGUGACAUGAGCUCUGUUUUGAUUGGCAUGCCAAGGAUCAGACAACUGAGGAUCGUAAGAGACUCUUGUCCAAAGAUACUCGUGGAAAUCUAUAACGUUACUGCAGUUUGCUAUCCUAACUAUGCCAUUUGCUGCGAAGAUAAGACACCAAUGUACCUCCCGAAAUGGAAACUUCCUCCAACUGACGUUUCACGUUCUUCGUUCGAUAUAUUAUGUCCAAAGCCUUGGCGGUAUCAUACCUCAGAAGAAAUAAAUAAUUUACCGAAAGUAACCCCUCGAGGAACAUAUGGAGGAGGUGGUUAUGUUGCCGAUCUAGGCUACGACUUGCAAACAGCAAGAAACGUUAUGAAGAACUUAAAUGAGAACAGCUGGAUCGAUCGGCGAACUCGAGCUGUCGUCUUGGAAUUUAACAUUUUCAACAGUAACAUGAACAUCCUCGUGGUCGCACAGUACUUCUUCGAAUUCCUGCCAACAGGCGGUGUUUUCAAGUACGUAAGUGUGCAAAUGUUGAACUUGUAUGGAACAGAGACUGGUUCAGUGCAGCUUGUCUUACUUUGUCGUCUUCUUCUCCUGAUCAUGAUCAUCGCCUUCAGUGUAAUUCAAGUGGUCAAAAUGUACCGUCGAAGAAAGUUAUACUUCAAAAACAUUUGGAACUGGCUUAUUCUUGCUCUCAUCAUUACUUCUAUAACAUCUGUAGUUCUUCACAUCAUUCGAGAGAAGGCCAUGGAAGACACCAUAAAGGAACUUCAGAGGAACAUUUAUGCCAUGGUCGGCUUCCACAAACCUUUACGUUUGAUGCACUUUGAAACUGCUGCUCUGUCCAUCGUCAUCUUUCUGGCGACAGUUAAGCUGCUGAGACUCCUACGCUUUAGCAAGCAAACAGUAUUUCUGUCGAUAACAGUUCGAUUUGCUGGAAAAUAUUUGUUUUCCUUCUCGUUCGUUUUCAUUGUCAUUUUCUGUUCGUUUGCCAUGUCUGGUAUGAUAGCAUUUGGAUCUGUUGUGGAGUCCUAUUCCAGUUUCCCACGUGCUUGUGUGGCUCAGUUUGAAUUCCUACUCGGAAAGGCUGUGCCCACUUUUCAAAUGGCAAAAGUAAACCCUUUUCUUUCCUUUUUGUUUUCCAUCCUUUACAUUUGCUCUAUGACUCUCUUUUUCCUCAAUCUUAUCAUCGUCAUUUUGAACUGUGCUUUGGAGGAGGUUAAGGAUAAUCUAGAUUCUGUGGUAGAUGAGCUCGACUUGGCCGAAUUUAUGAUAAGUUAUUUAUUCCGAGGCAUUUCUAAUCUAUUUGGCUGGAAAAAACCCAAGAAACUUCACUGCGAAAGAACGACCUUUGAAGACGGGUGCGCCUAUGUUAAGAAAUGUCUUACAGAGAUCGAUCAUAGACUGUUCGUAUUGUCAGAGGACACCUUUCCAGCAGAACUUUUGCAGAAAGUUCGAAUGGUGUAUACAUCUCCUUGCCAAACACAGUCUAAGUUGGUUAACAGUGAACCAGGUUCUGACAGCAAAACACCGUCCUCUCACCAAGAUGGGAGGCAAGAAGAAACUCUUGACAAUCCCGAAAGAGAAGUUGUAGUGGAAGAGGACUGCAUUCCUUCGAAUUUCAAAAUGAAAGAAAUGAUACAGGAUUGCAAACAAAUGGUAAAUCGACCAACCUCGCCUUCGCAGAUAUAUUUGGAACCUAAAUAUGAAGAGACCGCCCUUUAAAUGUGCAAACACCUGUUGAACUUAACAAAAAAUCUCUGCGAAAAUUAUCUGGAUCAUGUUGAAAUAUAUAAAUUUCUGUGUCAUUUAGUUUUGAAAGUAAUGUUCUUUUGAAGCAGGAGAGCGACUUGCCUCUCCAUUCCUAGUAAAACAAAAAUCAAGUUAAAUUUAGGCCGUAAAUAAGUGCUUUUUGUUGGAAACAGCUGAAAUUAUGAUUUUUUUUUAGCUCCAAUGCAAUUCUCUCCCCAGUGAUACAGUGAGUAGGUGUCAUUUUCAUAGUUUUGGGGUGGUUCUAAGGGCAUCAAUUGAUUUUUAUCGGCUUUUAAUUAGUUGAAAAGAAAAAUUAUUGUAUUUAUGAUGUAGCAGCUUCGGCACGAACGAGAGGCACGAGGCGCAGAGAGAAAGUAGAACGUGUAAUAACGGACGGAAAGAUUAUCCUUCUACCAUCACUCGAAAACAAGUACGAACACGGGUAGCCCAUCCUCGAUGAACGAGUUCAACUGUACCAAAUUGUUACAGCCUGCAUUGCUGGCGGUUUUGUAUGCGCUUUGAAGCGUCAAGUGGCGGAGCCAUAGAAAAGAGUGGCGAGGCCGAGCCGGAGAGGUUUGUCAUUAGUUAAUUCAGAAAGGGAAAGCGGUUUCUCCCUAAUGUAACACAGCAAAUAAAG